AUGGAUGCUGAAGAGAGUGGGGAAUUUUUAUCAAUUUCUGUCAUACUUGUGGAACCAGAGCCCGAAGAGUUAUCGGGAGCCGACGAAAGCCGUGCUGGUGCCGAUGACCUGAAGAAAUGGAUGCUCGACAUGGGCUUUAGCCCACGGCCACGUUCGACCAGCCCGGUGUCAUCGCCCCUAGGCAGACCAUAUGAAGCACACAAGGUGGAAGCCGGCGCGAUUAGGCCUGUCGGUCCAUUGCCGUUAGCAUUGAGCACUCCCCAGCGUUUGCCAAUUUCCCCGACUAGCGGAGCCGAACGUCUGCCAACUCCUCGCCCCUCAAGAAUCCCCAGGCCUAGUCCCUCUACUGCUGCUGCUGGAUCCUCAACAAGUCAACAUUCAACCCGAUGCAAGACAAAGGGAAAAGCAGCAGCCCAUACUUCAAAAUGUGCCUCAGCUGCCCCUGCAGUUGCCCUAAAUUUAUCAAUACACCAGGAUCAAGAAGAUCAACCUGACGCUCAGAUUCCACAGGAUCAACAAGUUGAGCAGAUGCCGCGAGAACCUGGCUCUCAGAUUCCACAGGAUUUAAUUGAAGCCAUGACCAACCCUGAAGUGUGGGGAUUCGUUCAAGCUGUUCUAAAUGACCAGCCUGAGCUCCUCAACCGCUUGGUUCGCUGCCAUGAGGAAAACCAGAGAAUGGUGAAGAAUCAGCCCCACCAACCUAUUCCUGCUAAUAUGCCACGUAAUUGCAAGUGUGGACGCUGUAGGCAAAUGCCGUCCGUACGUGAGCAAGUGUGUUGUGGACUAAAGUGGCCAAAGUGUAAAACUCUUGAUGACAACAUUAUACAGAUUUGCCUGAAUCAGAAGUAACUCGAAGUAACUCAUGUUGUUAGUAACAGGUUUUCUUGGUGAAUCUAAUAUUAUUGUGUAGCAUUCAGGUUUUGGACUCCAGACUGGGAACACACAUAAUUGGUUUUCCCAGAUUGUGAUUGUGAGUGUACUUGGAUAUAUAGUGUUAUAAAUUACAAGAAGUGAA